AGUCAAGACUGUUGGCUAGAUGUCCCCCCUCUGGAGGCGGCGCGGUGGUAUGGGCUAUCUGGGGACGCUCCUGGCUCCGGGUUUGAACUCUCCAGCUUCUCUGGAGAACAGGGGCGAGUCCCGGUGCAGCCAUCAGGGCGAGUGACACGCAGAGCUGACACCAUGGUUCAUCAGGUGCUCUACCGAGCGCUGGUCUCCACCAAGUGGCUGGCAGAGUCCAUUCGGUCCGGCAGCCUGGGGCCCAACCUGAGGGUGCUGGAUGCAUCCUGGUACUCCCCCGGGACCCGCCAGGCCCGCAAGGAGUACCAAGAGCGCCAUGUGCCUGGUGCAUCCUUCUUUGAUAUAGAAGAGUGCCGGGACACGGCCUCGCCCUAUGAGAUGAUGCUGCCCAGCGAGGCCCACUUUGGGGACUACGUGGGCCGCCUGGGCAUCAGCAACGACACACACGUGGUGGUAUACGAUGGUGACGAGCUGGGCAGCUUCUAUGCCCCCCGAGUCUGGUGGAUGUUCCGUGUGUUUGGCCAUCGCACUGUGUCAGUGCUCAAUGGUGGCUUCCGGAACUGGCUGAAGGAGGGCCAUCCUGUGACCUCUGAGCCCUCACACCCAGAACCAGCUGUUUUCAAAGCCACUCUGGACCGAUCCCUGCUCAAGACCUAUGAGCAGGUCCUGGAGAAUCUACAGUCUAAAAGGUUCCAACUGGUGGAUUCACGGGCCCAGGGGCGGUACCUGGGCAUCCAGCCAGAGCCGGAUAUAGUAGGACUGGACUCUGGUCACAUCCGAGGCUCACUCAACAUGCCCUUCAUGAACUUCCUGACCAAAGAUGGCUUCGAGAAGAGCCCAGAGGAGCUGCGUGCCCUGUUUGAGGCCAAGAACGUGGAUCUCUCGAAGCCCCUCAUCGCCACAUGCCGCAAGGGGGUCACUGCCUGCCACAUUGCCCUGGCUGCCUACCUCUGUGGAAAGCCUGAUGUAGCUGUUUAUGAUGGCUCCUGGUCGGAGUGGUUCCGCCGGGCACCCCCAGAGACCCGGGUGUCCCAGGGGAAGGGCGGGAAGGCCUGAGCAUGUGAGGCCUCCUCAGCAUGUACCCAGACUCCAGUCAGUUCCCCUCAGUAUGGCUGGGUGACCUGCAGCCGGCUCACACCUCUUAGGCAAAGGAGAUCAGACAGGAUUUUAGAAUUGCUGUGAGCGUUUGCCCUCCCACCAACCCUGGAAUAAAGUGCCUUUUCUCAGUGG